AUGGGCUCCUUCAAACGAAUUCGCUUCAACAAACGUUUAUCGAUCAAACGGAUAACCGGCCAGAAAUGUUCCCUUUCGACUGGCAACAGUGAGAAGAGUACUAACGCUUUCACUAAUGUUUAUUCAUUUUCACCACAUCCUCCAAUUCCCAAUCCCUCAAAAGAGUUGUCUAUCUAUCUUUCAACAUUGAAAAGCUCUGAAAAAAAUCACUAUCUACAUCGCCAGAAUAAAUUCGAAAGAUAUUCAAAAAGGAGAUUAAAUGGCUUCAUGGCAUUUCGGUCUUAUUAUUCGAAAAAAAUUAUUGGAGUGGCAAAACAGAGAGAAAUAUCGACUGUUCUAGCAAAAUUUUGGAAAAUUGAAAACCACCAGGACACAUGGAAAACAUUAGCACUAGUUUACAACUCACAAAAACGAAACAUAUCAUUCACUGAUUGGUUAAACAUAACUCAACAAGAAAAUGAAAACCAUGAUAAAACAAUGGUUCCCAGUGAAACGCCAUUCAAUUCCACAAAACCAUUAGAAGGAACAAUUCAAGACAUUUAUGAACAGUCAACUAAAUGGGAAACUAGCGACCAACCCCAAACAAAGCUAAAUUUUGCUCAACAUACAAUUGAUCCGUUAAUCGUUUUAGGUUCAAGCGAUUUUGAAGACUAUUUUCUAUGCUAG